AUUUGCAGUUGCACAUGGACAUUAAUUUACUACGGAGUACGGUGUUGGUGUUAUCUAAAAACACGUGCAAAUAUGUCGUUUUGAGAUUCAACAUAAUUUGAUAUUUGUGAAAGUUUAAUUUUCUAUUUAGAUAGAGUUAAAUAUAUGCGAUUACAUUAUAUUAUGAAUUAAAAUAUAAAUUAAUUCAAGAUGCCAGACAUGAAAUAUAUUUUAGUGACUGGAGGUGUGAUCAGUGGCGUGGGAAAAGGUGUCAUUGCAAGUUCUUUUGGCACGAUUUUAAAAAGCUGUGGUAUUGAUGUAACAUCAAUAAAAAUCGAUCCUUACAUAAAUAUUGAUGCUGGAACUUUCUCUCCAUACGAACAUGGCGAAGUUUACGUUCUUGACGACGGCGGGGAAGUUGACCUUGAUCUUGGAAAUUAUGAGCGCUUCUUGGAUAUAACUCUGCAUAAAGACAAUAAUAUAACAACUGGUAAAAUAUAUCAGCAAGUGAUUGAACGUGAACGUCGGGGUGACUAUCUUGGUAAAACUGUCCAAGUUAUCCCACACAUAACUGAUGCUGUACAGGAAUGGGUUCAGAGAGUUGCUCGCAUACCAGUGACUGCUGACAACACACCACCAAAAGUAUGCAUAGUGGAGUUGGGUGGAACUAUUGGUGACAUUGAAGGCAUGUCCUUUGUAGAAGCAUUCCGACAGUUCCAAUUUAGAGUUAAAAGGGAAAAUUUUUGCUGUGCUCAUGUCUCAUUAGUGCCAAUGCCAAAGGCUACAGGUGAACCUAAGACAAAGCCUACACAGUCAUCAGUCAGAGAAUUGCGUGGUCUUGGGCUCUCACCAGAUUUGAUUCUGUGCCGCUCUGAGAAACCUAUUAACCAUAAUGUUAAAGAAAAGAUUUCAAACUUCUGUCAUGUUGCUCCAGAACAAGUUAUAUGCAUUCACGACUUAAGCUCUGUAUAUCAUGUACCCAUGUUGAUGGAAGCUCAAGGAGUAGUACAAUAUCUAAAUGAGAGGCUUCAAUUAAAUAUAUCUAUGCCCCGCCCAGGCAGUUUUAUGAAAAAAUGGCGCAAUUUAGCCAAACGAGUAGAAAACCUUCGUAGAGAAGUGAAUAUUUCUCUGGUUGGUAAAUACACAAAGUUGGAAGACAGCUAUGCAAGUGUUACGAAGGCAUUACAGCACGCUUGUAUUACAGCUGGCUGUAAACUCAAUUUGACGUACAUUGAGGCUGUAAAUCUUGAAAAACAGAGUAAAAUCGAUGACCCUGUUGGCUAUCAUAAAGCAUGGCAGGAUCUAUGUAAGAGUGAUGGUGUUAUAGUACCAGGAGGUUUUGGGCAAAGAGGACUGGAAGGAAAGAUUGAAGCUUGUAAUUGGUGCAGAGAAACACAAAAGCCGAUGCUUGGUAUUUGUUUAGGUCUACAGGCGGCAGUCAUAGAAUUUGCCAGAAAUGUAUUAGGACUUUCUGGAGCAAAUAGUACAGAAGUGGACCCUAACUGCGCAGAUAAAUUAGUUAUAGACAUGCCAGAGCAUCAUCCGGGAAAACUGGGUGGUACCAUGAGAUUGGGGAAAAGGAAAACUAUUUUGGAACCCAGUAUUGUAGCUUCAUUAUACAAGAAGGAUGAAAUAGAAGAGCGGCACAGACAUAGAUACGAAGUGAACCCGGAAUAUAUACAGAGGUUGGAGGCAGCUGGUCUGCGGUUCGUUGGCAAAGAUGAGACCAAGACUCGUAUGGAAGUGGCUAUUGUAGAAACACACCCUUUCUAUGUAACUGUGCAGUUCCACCCCGAAUACCUCUCAAGGCCAUUGUCACCCAGCCCACCUUUCUUAGGACUCAUCUUAGCAGCAACGGGUAAAUUGAAGAGCUACUUAUCAAAAGGAUGUAGAUUUAGCCCAAGAAGUCAAUCCGAUGUUAGUUCCGAUGAAGGUGACCUAGAUGAAGAAAUAUCUUUUGGUACACUAAACAUUAGCAACAACAAAAAUGGGAGUGUUGAGCUAGAGGUGAAUGGUAUACAUUAAGUAAAAUUUUAAGUCCAAAUAAUAACUUGCCUAUGCGCAUAUAAUAAGAUUCUUUUUGACCUUGAUUGCUGAAAUACCUUAAAUUAUAAAGUUUAUUAUAGUUCUCUCUUUUCAAGAUACCAGUGCUAUAUUAAUGUAGUGAUUGCUAUAUAAUCCUUGAAUUGUAAUAAAACAGUGCUCAUGUAACAUACCAGUGAGCUUUUUACCCACUUGUAAAAUGAUGUGUAAUUUACUUACUUAAACACAAAUAUUGUGUUGCUAGUUUUUUUAUUACUGCUAAGUAAUAUUCAUUUGGUUAUCAACCUUAUCUAUUAAUUAAAAUUAUUCAUCCUUUCCGUCAAGUUUUUGUAUAUUACUCAAUAUGAUUAUGCUAGUUUAUAGCAUGAAUUAACCAUUCAAAUAUUUUCAUACAAUUGUUGUAAAUUACUAUACUAUUACUAUUCGAAUCCGAAAAUCGAGCGUGCUAUGAAAUGCAUAUAUGUGGAACACCACAUAUAUCCACCGCAGUUCUCAACUUAAACAUGCAUUCUUUUCAUUAUAUUACAUUAUUUGUGCUUAUGGUGUAAAACUGCAGGUAAACGCUAGUACCUUUAGGAUUGUAUCUUAACAACAGAAUGCUUUCAGUGAAAAGCACCAUUGUUGGCGAAAGACAAAAUAACAUGUAAAACAUGGUAUUUUAACUAUAAUAUUGAAAUUAAUAACAUAACAUUUAGACAAUGGUAUGUCAGAAGUUUUUGAAAGCUAUAUUUAUAUAUAAAUAUAAUUGAUGUUAUACUAUGGUAUUGGUUAUUGAAAAUUAUUUUAUCAUCUGUAGUUUGUAAGAUUAAGUGAUAUGCUAAUUCAUACCAUUAUACACAAUUAUCAGAAUCUCCUAUUCGCUAUUGCCAGUAAUUAAUAUUUUAUGACAUUUAAUUGUAUUUUUAUAAACAUGUUUAAAACUUAAAUGGUGUAUUUUCAAAUGUAUGAUCAGUCUAGACAUCCAUAGAAAUCGUAAUGAUUACUAGAAAUUAUAUAAUCUUCUAGCGGAUCCGACAGACGUCCUGUACACAAAUAAUACACAUAUAAUACACGCAUACUAACAACAUAUAUAUUUUUAUCUGAACUUUAAAACCUUUAACAACAAUAAUUACAUAUUCUCACGCGUCACUAAAAUGCCUGUAAAUCGCAGUUUUGAGAACUUCAAUUUAAUUGUGUAUGUAUGUAUACUAUCUGUAAAACAAUACACUAAUACUAUCCGGGACACGGUUGAUUGCUACUUUUUGUAAUUAUUACAUUUUAUGCUUAAUCGUGGUAACAACACAUUCAAAUGUUUUAUUACUAGUGCUAUACAUUGCUUGCUCUGUUUGAAACUGCGUAGUAUAUGACAUUUAACAUCGCAGCAAUGAAAAUUAAAUUCAGACUGUAAACUUACAAAAGGUAAUAAAAUAGUAAUCAACUGUGAUUUGUCAAACGGACGCAAAAUCAGACGCGCAUAACAGUUUCGUAUUCGUUUUAUAAUCUCACCUCCCCUCUGAACCGUUUAAUUGUAAUGUAAUUCCAAAACUUUGUCAGCGGUUAAACAUAUGGGUUAGCAUGAUCUUUAAGCCUUUCUAUGCCAUUUCUAGUAUAUUAUUAUUACGAUUUCUAUGUUUGUUUUUUACCAAUAAUAAUAUAUAUAUAUAAAUAUUUUUUUUUAAAUUGGUUGAAUUUAAAAAUAUACCUUUUAAACAUAUUUUGUCUUAUCUGUUGUAAUAAGCAUAAUACUUUUGAAAUAUUGUAAGAAUUUCUGUUUUAACUAAAAUGUUUAUCGAUUGGUACGUCUAAACCAAACCUUACCGUGUUGGUUUAUCGUAAUACUAUAUAAUAUAGUUAUAAAUGAUUGUAAUGUAAAAAUGUUACGCCAUUUGCGUUAUAUUAUAUUUUAGAAACGAAAAUGAAUUUUCGCUUUUAUAACAAGGUUGUUUUGCAACUAAUAAAAAUUGUGAUUGUAUGGCUGUUAGUCGCUACAAAAGGAAUGUAGGUUUAUGACGUAUUAGCGUUUUUUCUGAACUAGAAAAUAUCAACGUAUUUUGGUAAUGUAUUUUUCAUCUCUAACCCUGUAAAAUGUCUAAAGUUGUAACCAUUCCAGUUAAAGAACAAUAAAUAAUUGAAAAAACA